UAGGUAGCCCAAAAGCCUACUCCUACAUAAACGCCCAAAAUCUUGGCUGUUCUUGCACAGGCAGAGCAACCGAGCAAGAGAAAGAAACAGGGAGAGAGAAAGAGAGGAGUCAUAUAUCAAUGGCAGGCGAAGGGGACCUGAAGUUGCUGGGCCUGCUGGUGAGCCCAUUCGUGGUGCGCGUCCGCAUGGCGUUGCAGAUGAAGGGCUUGAGCUACGAUUACAUCGAGCAGGACGUCUUCGACAAGAGCGAGCUCCUCCUCGCGUCCAACCCGGUUCACAAGAAGGUGCCCGUGCUCCUCCACAACGGCGUGCCGCUCUGUGAGUCGCAGAUCAUCGUGCAGUACAUCGACGAGGUCUGGGCCGCUGCCGAAGAGGGCUCCCCCACCAUCCUCCCUGCCGAACCCCACGACCGCGCCGUCGCCCGCUUCUGGGCCGCCUACGUCGACGACAAGUUGUUCCCUGCUUGGAUAGGCAUCAUCAAGGCGGCGACGGAAGAGGCGAGGGCCGAGAAGACGAGCGAAACGCUUGCUGUCCUCGCGCAGCUGGAGGUGGCAUUGGCAGAGUGCUCCAAGGGGAAGGCCUUCUUCGCCGGCGACGCCAUCGGCUACCUGGACCUCGCAGUUGGGUGCAACAUGUUCUGGCUCGAGGCGCUACGCAGGUUGUUCGGCGUCGAGCUCCUCGACACGGGCAAGACCCCUCUACUGGCCGCGUGGGCGGAGCGGUUCGCCGAGACCGAGACGGCGACGAAGGUGGUACCAGACGCCGACAGCGCGGUGGAGUUCGCGAGAAAGCUUGCGGCUCGCUUUGGCUCUGCGUCCCCGGCUCCGGUUGCCAAUUGACUGGCAUUUUCUGUUCACUGGUUCAGCCCCAAGCAGUACGGAUUGUCGUUGAUGAAUUAACUCGGAGAAUGGAUGGACGAUCGAUCGGACGUCGUGUAAUAAAGGACCAGAUAAGUUGAGUUAAAAAAGGACAAAGAUCAUUCACGGAUAUGGCAUCAUUUUGACAUUU